AUGGCCGGAGCGGCGGCCGAGAAAGCCUACUACAGGUUCCUGGUACUUUUCUUCAAUUGCCUCCUGACCUUUGGUUCCUACUUCUGCUUCGACAUCCCCAGUGUCUUGCAAGAACAGUUCCAAGGGAACCUGACCUGUCCAAACGGAACACACCCAAAUGGCACGGAACGGAAUGGAACAGCCGGCUGCGUGGAAGGGCUGGGGAUGACUCCUGAAGAAUACAACCUUCUGUACGCCAUCUAUGCCUGGACCAAUGCAUUGGUGGUGAUCGGGGCUGGCUUCCUGAUUGACAAACUGGGAAAUCGCUUUGGCGUCUUCGUCUUCUCUUUCCUCACCGUGCUGGGAUCGUCCAUUUUUGCUCUGGGCUCUCACUUUAGAGGAACCCCAUAUCUUUUGCCGUUGAUGCUGACGGGCAGGUUGCUUUUCGGCUCUGGGAACGGGUCGCUCACCAUUGUGCAGAAUCGCAUCACCGCCUUCUGGUUCAAGGGGAAAGAGCUGGCUUUGGCCUUUGGGUUGACCCUCUCCUUCUCUCGCCUCGGCAGCGUCCUCAACUUCUUUUUCACGCAGCAGUUUGAAAGUCACUUUGGGGUCCAGUGGACUCUCUGGGGAGGGACUUUCCUCUGUGUUUUGGGCUUUCUUUCGGCCAUCGUGGUCAGCGUGCUGGACAGAGUCGGCAUGAAGCAGCUUGGCUUGGAUGGAGUUAUCCAGCAGGAGUCCAAGAAAGUGCGAAUUCAGGACAUCCGGCAUUUGCCCCUUCGCUACUGGCUUCUGGUUCUCACCAUCAUGUUCUUCUACAAUGGAGUCUUUCCCUUUGUCGCAGAUGCAAGCAAAUUUAUCCAAGAUAAGUAUCCUGGCUACAGCCAACAGGCAGCCGCUUACAUUGCUGGUGCAGUUUACGACAGCUCCCUUGUUCUCUCGGCGUCAGUGGGCAUACUUAUCGACUACGUUGGCCUGCGAGGCGUGUUUGCGGUGGGCUGCGCAGUCCUUACCCUGCCUGUCUUUGCUCUCCUGGCAUUCACCUUCGUCCCCCCGCUCGUCUCCACCGUCUGGUUGGGCAUCACCUACUCUUUUGCAGCGGCUAGCAUGUGGCCGUCCAUUCCGCUUGUGGUCCCUCAGGCGACCUUAGGCACGGCCAUGGGCCUUGCAACAUCCGUGCAGAUGAUCGGAAUCGGCCUCUCCAACGUGGUUGUUGGACGGAUCUUGGGAACAAAGUCCAGUGAAUUAAAGAUCCCGCUAUGGCGCUGGCAACAGAUGAUGAUCUUCAUGCUGGCUAACACUAUCGCUUGCAUUAUUGCCUCCAUCAGCCUCAACAUCGUGGACAAGAAGCAGGGAGGAACGCUGAACCGUAUGACAAAACGCUCGUCGCCAGAACCACCGGCCCAGCAGCCUGGGGAUACGGCCCCGCUCCUCAACGAGGGAGUAGACGAAGGACCCAUCAACUAG